UUUCGAUUUUAAAUUGGGAUUAUUAUUAUUUUCAGCUUUCUCUGGAAGCAACAAUGGCGAUUGCUCUCUCGUCGUCGUCGACGAUCACGUCCAUUACUCUGCAGCCGAAGCUGAAGACGAUUCAUGGAUUAGGGACAGUACUUCCUGGUUAUUCGGUCAAAUCUCACUUUCGUAGUGUCUCUCUCCGGCGUAGCGCCGUGGUCGUGUCGGCCAUUACCGGAGCUUCUUCCGGAGCUGGAAUAGGGAAAGGUACAGCUGAUUCGCUAGAUACAGUGAAAGUCUUGGAUUUGAGAGGAAAUGAGAUUCCGAUUUCUGAUUUAUGGAAAGAUAGGAAGGCCGUUGUUGCAUUUGCUCGUCAUUUUGGAUGUGUGCUCUGUCGGAAACGAGCAGCUUAUCUUGCAGAAAAGAAGGAUGUGAUGGAUGCAUCUGGUGUUGCUCUUGUUCUGAUCGGACCGGGAAGCAUCGAUCAGGCUAAUACUUUUGUGGAACAGACUAAGUUUAAAGGAGAGGUCUAUGCGGAUCCAAACCACGCAUCAUACGAGGCGCUUGAGUUCGUUUCAGGGGUUUCUGUUACAUUUACACCCAAAGCUGCUAUGAAGAUACUAGAGUCUUACAUGGAAGGAUACCGCCAAGACUGGAAACUCUCGUUUAUGAAAGAUACAGUUGAAAGAGGCGGCUGGCAACAAGGCGGAAUCUUAGUUGCUGGCCCUGGGAAAGAUAACAUCUCUUAUAUACGCAAGGACAAAGAAGCCGGUGAUGACCCGCCUGUUGAAGAGAUCCUUAAAGCGUGUUGUGCUUGAAGAGUUGAAAGAAUCGCAAUCGAAAAAUAGAUAUUUAAAAAACAGUAACGACACUGCUAUGCCCGGAUACUCAACUAAAUCCAUAAAACACCAUUACCACAAUCACAACGACCACAUUUGAUAUAUAGGUAGGGAAAGAAAAAAAGACAAGUCGUAGACCGAAAGUAAUGAUCAUUGUUUCUUGAUUUUUGAUGAUCAUUAUGACUUAUGAGUCGAGAUCAGCGAAGGAUAAGUGUGGCCCUUGCUAGAAGAUAUAUAUUUUUAUUUCCAAAUAAAGAUGUACAUCAAAUUCACAUAAUCCAGUUAUCGAAACAAUUUUGUCUCUAUUGAUAUGAUAACAUAGUUGAUCAAAGGUAAGACUAUAGAUUACUAUCUUGAAGUCCCACAAAAUAUGUCAGCUUAGGCAUCUCCUAUCACCAUCCAACAUUUGUUUAAGGUUACAUUUCAAAUUACUUUAUACAU